AUGUCCUUUGGACUCAGGAAACUCGAACAAUUGUUUGGCAACUGUGGUAAACCAGAAACGGCUUGGCAAAUCGAUCCGUUUGGCCAUAGCAGGGAACAAGCUAAUCUUUUCGCGCUGAUGGGUUACACCUCAGUGUUCUUUGCUCGUCAACAUUAUUUGGAAAGAGAGGCGCGGUUGAAAAACAAAAGUCUGGAGUUCAUUUGGAACACGUCUGAUGAUCUGAAGACCCAGAUUUUGGGCGGCGGUUUCUACCGAGGUGAUUAUGAACCACCGAAAGGUUUCUGUUUUGACACAUUGUGCGGAGACGAUCCGAUCAUGGACAAUCCUGACCUGGAAGGCUACAAUGUGAACAAGAAGAUCACUUCCUUUGUGGAACAAGCGUCAUACCUUCGUUCUUCCCAUGUGAUGUUAUUGAUGGGAAGUGAUUUUCAAUAUACAAAUGCUAAUACAUGGUAUACAAAUCUGGACAAAUUGAUUCAACAUGUGAAUGGGAAUGCCACCCAUGGUCUGCACGUGUUCUAUUCGACUCCAUCGUGUUACGUCAAAGGCCUUACAGAAUUGUCGACGACACGUUUGCCCACGAAAGAUGACGACUUCUUCCCGUAUGCCUCUUCCAACAUCUCUUUCUGGAGUGGGUAUUUCACAAGUCGACCUACCUUCAAGCGUAUGGUUCGAGAGGCCAGCGCUCUUCUCCAGCUAUGUAAACAGCUGGACGCGUUAGCCGAUCUGGGUCCUGAAGAUGACGCUGACGUCGAGAUCAUGUCAAAAGCUUCUGCACUGAUGCAACACCACGAUGCUAUCACCGGAACAGCUAAGGAGAACGUCACCAGAGACUACGAGAAGCGACUUGCCAAAGCGAUGAAAGAGGGAGAAGUAAGUUCACAUCUCCACAGAAAUCUAGAAAGAUCCUUUCUACACACAGUCGUUUCAAACGGUGUUUUUCAAUGA